CAAUAGUGUCCACUGUCUUUAACUAAAGUGUUACAAUAUUUUUGUAGUAUUUAUUUGGGGUUUUAAUUUCAGGCGAAAACUGUAUACAAAUCUGACAUAGGAAUACAGAAGGAAAAAUUUAUUGUGAUUUUCUUAACAGUUCUACAUAAAAUUGUGACGCAUUCCAUUUUACGUAACACUUCGGCACAUGAAGGACACGUUUAUUGUGAUUUUCUUAACAGUUCUACACAAAAUUGUGACGCAUUCCAAUUUCCGUAACACUUCGGCACACCUCGGUGAUACUCGGAAGGAGUGCCUACGAUGCGCUGUGAUUGGAGGCGGGGCAUUCUCAAAGGCUAUUGCAGGUCCUGAGAUUGACAGCCAUGACUACGUCUUCAGAUUAAACAGUGCUUACAUGAAGACGUUUGAAAACGAUGUUGGAAAGAGAACAAGUUUUUAUAUCUUCUACCCGCUAUCAAAGACUGCUCUACAGUACCCACUAGACAAGGAUGCCAAAUUUAUACUUGUCAUGUUUAACAAGUUUGACAUGAACUACGCGUUGAAUAUGUUGCAUGUGCAAGGAGCACCACCAUCAAAGGCCCAAGGAGUUGCAAAUCGUCAAUUUGAUCCGACCCAACUAAGAAUCGUUCAUCCUGAUUUUGUUCGUUACGUGGCAACUGCAUACUUGAAUGGAUCCGAAUUUCGGCCAACACCAGGUGCUUUAACAACAUUUUUGGCGUUGCAUCUUUGUGACGAAGUUUCCUUGUACGGAUUUGGCUACGACCGUCGAUUUACGCUUCAUUACUACUAUCGGCAUUUUAUAAAGCACACAAACUACAUGACAAAAGAACACGACGUGGAGAGUGAAAGUGCCAUCUGGCGUAAACUGAACGAGGAGGGCGUCAUCACGUUGCUGAAAAGAGAUGUCACUUGAAUCACAUGGUAUCGCAAAUGGCUGAUAAGCUCGGGACCAUUCAUGACGUCACAACAUUGCAAGUAAUAUUAAUAAUAAUAAAACAAUUCCUAUAUAGCGCACACACCAUGAGGUCCCUAUGCGAUGUAAAAGGAAAUCUACAGUUAUUGUACAAAGUAAACAGAUAUGUUUUUAA